AGGGAAAAGAGAUGUAAAUGAGCCAGGGCACGUAAUGCCUGUUUGCACACGAAAUUCCUUUCCUGAUUAGAUUAAAAAGGCAAUUUUUUACAGGAGGGAAAGGCCUGAGCUUUAAUUGCAGAGCUGGCAACUACGGAGGAGGGAGGAGGCGAAAAGAAGCAUUUUAGCAGAGGUAGCGGUGUAAGGUCUGGCACCUCCUGCAGGAGCCAGGCACAGCCUGCUUGCUUUUCAAGCUGCCGCACACGGCAGCCGCCUGAAGUCAAGGCAAAGUCACCCGCAGGAGCGGGCAGACCUGCGUUGCAGCGGCUCACUCCUCUACGUCGUUUCCCUGCACCUGCUGCACGCAAGGGGCUGGCGCAGGCGGCGGCAGCAGCCGUGGCUGCCAUUGCCAGGCAUGGGACCGGGAGGGAGCGAGCAAGCAGAGCAUCCCCGUGUGCAGGCACGUAUUCCUCAGCAGCUCCCCAGGAUCCUGCCGGCAAAGAUGCGCUGCUGCCGCAUCUGACGCGCCUCUCCCAUGAGAGCUUCUGGUAGUUCGAAGGCAAUAAAACAAGCAAGAAGCCCAUGAGAACAUCAGACAGGGAGCUGGGUAUAUAAAAGGCCUUUUGAAAGGAAUCUGUUAUGGACAGAGAGCCUUUCGGGUGAAGGGGCUGUUGUUUUUGCUUCUCGGUUGCAGAGAUAAAGGGAGCCAGCAAGGAGUGUCGUAUCCUGGAGUUUUCUUCAGUGGCCUUUUUGGUAUUGUUCUUCUCUCUCCCCUUGCGCGCCGUGAAGCGCUAACAUUUUCCUGUGGAAUUGGAGUCUCUGCCACUCAACCCCCUGUUCCAGCUGGGAGGAAGAGGUCUUUCUCCCCCUCUGUCUGUGCAGACACUACUGUUUGAAUGGAAGAUACGUCUUUUUGCUGAAACUCUUUUGUUGUGGCAUUGCAUAACAGGCAGUUGUCUUGCCGCAGGAAAUAAAAGAAACGAAAGGAAAUAGAGAGACGAAAGGAAAUAGAGAGACGGAAGGAAAUUGUUCCCCAAAGCAAAAUUGAAGCAGAGAAGAGAACAUUAAAAUCACUUCAAGCCCUACCCAAGAUCUAGAAGACCACAAAUCUUCUAGCUCCAGAGGAAAAUACACUAUUAUAAAAACUCCUCAGCAGUCAGUAUGAUGAGCAGUCGUGGUGUUUCAUCUGGAUGCAGCUGGUAAAGGAGAGCUUUGGAGGGACGUGGGGGCUCUGGCCUGUAUGAUGCCUGAAGACAGAAAUGCUGGAGUCCGCAGCCCAGGUGCCUUAGCAGCAGCUCCUUUCAUUCCUAAAACUACUUAUAGGAGAAUUAAGCGGUGUUUUAGUUUCCGUAAAGGUAUUUUUGGCCAGAAGCUGGAAGAUACUGUUCGAUACGAAAAGCGUUAUGGGAACCGCUUGGCUCCUAUGUUGGUGGAACAGUGUGUGGAUUUUAUCCGACAGCGGGGGCUAAAGGAAGAAGGCCUUUUUCGACUGCCUGGGCAGGCUAAUCUUGUCAAGGAGUUACAGGAUGCAUUUGACUGUGGAGAGAAGCCUUCUUUUGACAGCAAUACAGAUGUGCACACGGUGGCAUCGCUGCUUAAGCUGUACCUAAGGGAACUCCCAGAACCAGUCAUACCAUACGCAAAAUAUGAAGAUUUUCUUUCCUGUGCCAAAAUGCUCAGCAAGGAGGAAGAAACGGGCCUGAAAGAACUGGUGAAGCAAGUGAAGAGCCUGCCAGCUGUCAAUUAUAAUCUGCUAAAAUAUAUCUGUAGAUUCCUUGAUGAAGUCCAGUCUUAUUCAGGUGUAAACAAAAUGAGUGUGCAAAAUCUGGCAACUGUUUUUGGCCCUAACAUCCUUCGCCCCAAAGUGGAAGAUCCUCUGACUAUCAUGGAGGGCACAGUAGUAGUCCAGCAGCUAAUGUCAGUGAUGAUUAGCAAACAUGACGAGCUGUUUCCCAAGGAUGCAGACCCUCAGAUGGGACCUGAGGUGUGCAACAACAACAAUGAAAUGCCAAAGAAAGUGACUGCGGGACAGCUACAGAACAAAGAGAACAACAACACCAAGGAGACAGCAGUAAGGCGCUGCUCUUGGGACAAGGCUGAGUCUCCCCAAAGGGGAAGUACGGACAAUGAGUCUCCAACUGCUCUGCCAGGCAGCAAGACAAAUAGCCCCAGGAACAGCAUCCAGAAACUAGAUGUCACCAGAAGCCCACCACUCAUGGUGAAAAAAAAUCCUGCUUUUAAUAAAGGCAGUGGCAUAGUCACCAAUGGGUCCUUCAGCAGCUCUGUGGAGGGCCCUGAGAAGAGCCAGACUUUACCAAACUGUACCCUGCAAACCAGGAGAACGUCGUCCCUGAAAGGACCAGUGACUAAGAUGGGCACACACAGCGUGCAGAACGGAGGUGUGCGGAUGGGUGUUUCUAGCACAGAUGGGCACAGCAACACCCUCAAUAGCCGGACCCCAGGCUGGGUGUCCAAUGGCUACGUCACACUGAGGGACAACAAGCAGAAGGAAUCGGUGAGUGAGUCAGGCCAGCACAACAGGCUUUCCACCUAUGACAAUGUCCACCAGCAGUUCUCUAUGGUGAACUCUGAUGACAAACAGAGUGUGGACAGUGCAACCUGGUCAACAUCCUCUUGUGAAAUAUCCCUCCCUGAGCACUCCAACUCCUGUCGUUCAUCCACCACCACCUGCCCUGAGCAGGACUUUUAUGCAGGUAACUUUGAAGACUCUGUGCUGGAUGGACCACCACAUGAAGAUCUCUCUAACCCGGGUGACUAUGAGAACAAAAGUGACAGGAGGAGUAUGGGGGGCCACAGCAGCCGAGCCACCAGCAGCAGUGAUAACAGUGAAACGUUUGUGGCCAACAGUACUAACAAUCACAGUGCUUUGCACAGCCUGGUCUCCAGCUUAAAGCAAGAGAUGGCCAAGCAAAAACUAGAGUAUGAGACAAGGAUAAAAAGCUUGGAGCAGAGGAAUCUUACCCUGGAGACAGAAAUGAUGGCCCUGCAUGAAGAACUGGAUCAAGAGCGGAAGAAGUUCACAAUGGUAGAAAUCAAAAUGCGUAAUGCAGAACGGGCCAAGGAAGAUGCAGAGAAGAGGAAUGAUAUGUUGCAGAAGGAAAUGGAGCAGUUUUUCUCCACUUUUGGAGAACUGACAGUGGAGUCUCGCAGACCAGAAAGAGGCAAUACCAUCUGGAUCCAGUGAGCAUUGGAAGCAUAGACUGUGGGACUUUGGGGAAGGGCUUGCGGGUAUUAUACUGUAUCAGGUGGCUGGUCACCUGUCUGAGGCUAGUACUCAACAUAAUGUUAUGAACCCUUGAAGGAAGAAAUCAUACAGACAUUAACCACUCAUAUCUACAGUGUGUACUUACCCAAGUUAUACUCUUUGAAUGCUUCAUGAGACUACUGUCAAGUGUUACAACUGGAUAUGUGUAUAUAAAUUUAAAAGAAAAUCACCUUAGAGAGCAAGAGAUGUAUCUCAAGAAAUAUUUUAAUGCAAGUCUUGUAUUUAAACUGGUAAUUUGAAAUGUUGUUGCAAUCAAGCUUUAUAUCAAGGCUUUUCUCCCUUGCACUUAACGUAAUAAGCUAUUUUUGGCAUUGUGUUACCAUCAGCUUAUUUUGUAUAUCAAAUGUUUUUUGGGUUUGGGUUUUUUGUUACCCCUCUUGCUGGGGAGCGAAGAUAAACAGGUAUAUUAUGGUAUAUGUGCCGAUGGUUAACCUUGAUUUGUGUCACUUCUAAAAAGACAGCAGGAUGAGAAACAGCAGCACAGAAUAAAGUGGUACUAAUUUUAACGGAAUUGAUGGCCCAGGUAGAAAGUAUCAGGGCACCGGUAUCAUAAAGACCAAAUGAGGAUAUCAAGUCAGCAAAAUUGGGGACAAUGGCAAAAGGGUAAACAGCUGCUUGUUUGGGAGCAAAUGUGGGUGGCAGAGUAAGGAGUUGGGAGAUGGGAAGGGGGAACUUAAGGGGGUGUCAAUCACAUAACCAGAGCUUUUUGAGGUACCCUAAAGAAGCCCUGUGCCUGAUCACUGCAGCUCAGAGCACAAACAUAAACCAGUUGUUCUGACCAUAUCUGCAUGUGACUUGCCUCUGUACUCUGGGUGAAAGAGUCCUUUUUGUAAGGCUGGUGAAGGGACAUAUAGGGGAGAUGAACUGGACAUCCUGGUAGUUGUGAGUGUGAUGGGUGCUGAAAAAAAACCCCAAAAUAUUUAAGUCCAGAGUAGAAAUUAUGGAGCAACUGUGCAACAAACAACAAAUGAGGAAGAAAAUACACCAGCAUAUCCACCACCCCUAUUUACAGUGUAUAUUAGCAAUUUAUACUGUCUGAAUGCUUCAUGAGAUUACUGUCAAGUGUUACAACUGUGAAAGUUCACAGGCUCUCAGCAUCACCAAGGGAAUGCCUAGAGGGAACAGCCUGGAGCCUAACAGCAUGCAGAAUGCCAAUGAAAAAAAACCAGCAAAGCCAUGCUGUAAAUUAAUAAUUUGUUUGGCAUCUUUAUAUAUAGUAAGUAUAACUGGUAUUUUCUACACCAUGUUAAGGAUUUUUUGUUUUUAACUGCUUUUAGGACUGCAAGCUGUAUUACUAGAGAGGGUUGUUGGGAUGUCUUGGCUUCCCUCUAGUGUCUCUUAAAUAUAUUGCAAUUCUUUUUAAUUCUAAUUGAGAAAGAACGAAGGUAGCCUCAAAGAACAUUCUUGGUUAUUGCAUAUAUAUUAGACAAGUAUUAACUAGAUGUGGGAAUUAUACUGGGAAGCAAACAUGAGGUUUACAUGUCAGAGAAGUAUUAACUUACAAUGAAGCAUUACACAUGGUGCUUGUGGAUGCAUUAUUUGUGUCUGGUGAGCAUCAGAGUAGCCAGUCAGGGUGCCUAUUGUACUGUGAACAUGUCUAGUGCACAUCCAGUCUGUGUGUAAAUCAGAAAAAGUCAGAUAGGGAAAGAUCAAGGUAAUAGGAAGGAGCAUGUUUUAUAUCAGUUAGCAGUAAUCACAAGAUGUCCCCACAAUGGUGAGAGAAGGAACCAGAUUACUAUGCUAAUAUGAUUUUUUAAUUGAAUGAGACCUUGAUAUCUGAUGCAGUAGGCCUCAAAGUUGACUCACAAUUUAAGCAGUAUCUGACAUCUGUUGACAUGACAACAAAGUCUCUGAGAUAAAUAUUUUCUUAACUGGAAUUCAUGUUUUUACACUAGAUGGAUACAGUAUCCCCUGUAGCAGUAUCCCAAGGUGGAGAAAGUCCUGCUUUCUCAUUCCCAGUAAGCCAAUUUUAUCAUUUUGAUUUCCUCUAGCAGUCCCUGUGUCAUUCAAGCUCUGUUGCUGUCUGAAAAUUUAAAGGAAUACACAAUUCCUAAAACUAGUUCAAGGAUCUAUGUAAAUGAGGACCUAAAGUUUAGUCAUGGAAUCAUUUCAGAAAGCAGCCAGUGAGGCAGUGGGGAAAGGUGCCACUCCAAAAUUAUCAGCUGAUACAGUGGCAAAAAUGACAGCUACUUGAUAAAAUUUUAUUUCUGAUGCUUAUUUGAAACUGAAAAAGAAUAUAAAUUUUAUUUCACAUCCACAUCUGCUUCCAAUGCCAUAGGCUAUACAAUAUGCAUGGAAGAAGGGGAGAUGUUUAUAGUCCAGGUACUUAGCAUUCUGUGUUCAAUUUUGAUUAUCUUUGGUUUUCACAGGAACUGACUGGAGGCUUCCACUAAUUUGUAUGUGCUGCAUGUUUUCCUUAUUUGUUUGAACAGGCUUCUUUGUACACUCCUGUUUCUGAACUAAGACUCUUUGGUCAGUGAUUGCUUUCUGAGGGUUAGUUCUUGGUCUACCCACAAACUACAAGAACACAGUUCCAAGUGGAUUUUUUCUUAUCUUCAGCUACAAGAGCACAGUUCAGAGUGGAUUUUUGCUUAUCUUCAGGUCUUUGCAUUCACCAUGGCCAAGAUGGUUUAUAAGACAAACUAUUUCAGUGAAAACUCUUAAUUUUUGGUGUAUAUAGAUCCUCCUCAUUUUUGUAUUGUUCUUUUUGAGGACUGCCAUUAAACACUCUUGAUUCAGACUGAA